CGGGAAGGGAAGGACCGGGUGAUCUGCCCGGGUUACUGGGGGCCGGGGAUGCUGCCGGUGGCACUUGCUCCUUCUGGGGGGAUUUUGCAGGGUAGCACGUUGGUGCGGAACGUGACCAACGGUGCUCGAUCGCCCUGUAACGUGGUGGUGCAGAUCGUUACAAUCUGUAACCAGACUCACAGGAGCAGGGGAGAGCUGGAGUUGUGCGAUGGCUGCGCAAGCCAAGAAAAGUUUAAGAGGCUCCAGUGAUGACAUCCUUGACGACCUCCUGGGGUCUGAAGAUGAACCCAGUGUCAAAUCUACCAGAGCUUCCCAGGCAGCCGGCAGCAGCAGUGGGAGAGCCUGGAACCCCAGUGUGCAGACCAGCAAGAAGUCCGUCCUAGAAGAUGAUUUCUACAGCAAGCUGGCUGUCGAAGCUGCAGAGGGAUCCAGUACGUCGGAUGUGCAGAGCCUGGGGGACGUGGACGACUUGGCCGCUGAAAUCCUGGGAAUACCAGAACCUGGUUCUGGGCCACUGAAGACCCCCAUGAAGGGUCCCGGGAUAAGUGACUCUUCGAGGGGAGCAGAGAAAACCACAAGGAAGCUUCCAGCUGCUGGGAAAGCUGAUCCUUUGGCAGAUCUUUUAUCUGAUAAGGAGCAGGAUGCUCCCAAGAAGGCAGCUCCAACCAGCAGUAAAAGCAGCUGUGAUAGAAAACCAGAAGAGAGCAAAGGGAAAGAGUCACCCCAGACACCCCUGCGCACCACGGCCCCGGCUCAGAGGAGGAAGGAGCUCAUGUUUGAAGAUGACAACGAUGACGACAUGCUGGAAGCGCUGGGAUUUGGCAGCGGCAAGAAGGAAGAGAAGCUCCGGCCAGCGCGCUCCAUGCUGGAUGAGUUGUUUGGAGGAGGCUCCGCAGCCAAAGUCUUGGAAGAGCUGAACACGGGAGAGCGCAGAGACUUCAAACAGGAUGAAAAGUCCCAAAAGCAGCCAGAGAAAAAAGAGUGUUGGGACAAGGAAGAUCUAAUUUUUGGAGAAUACCAGCCCUCAAUGGGCUCCAGGCCAUCAAGAAGGCAGUCAGUGAGCAGGUUCACAGCUGAGAACAUGGGUGAACCGAAGGCAGAGCCCCGCUCCAAACCAUCCCCUCCAGCCAGCCAGAGCCCUGUGCGGCGCAGAGGGUCCAGAGCCAACUGGCUGGGCUUAAAAGAUGAAGAUUUUUUUGACUCUGAGCUGCCAUCCCCCGUGAAGACCAGCAGCACGGUGGGCAUUACCCCCAGCCCCGCCAGCCAGCUCCCGGCCGCAGAGGAGGCAGCAGCUAAAACCGGCCCAGAGGAGCAGGAGGACUGGCUGAUGGCUGCCUUGGCUCGCAAGAGAGCCCAAGCACAAGCCAAGGCUGAGAAGAGAGAGGCUGAGCCCCUGGAGGCAAUGGGGGAAUGGCCGUGUCCCCGCUCUCCCCUCAGCCAGCCAGCCGCCUCCCCAGCAGCAGCACAGCCCGCAGCUGCCCCACAGGACACGGCAGCGGGCACAGGUGGCUCCAGGGGGCUGGUACCCUGGCUCAGCACCGUGAAACCUGCCUCAGUGAGCCCAUCGGAUACUGCGAAGGAGGAUCCUUCUGGAGAUGACAACACCAUGGUACCCACGCCUUCGUUACCAGGAGAGAAGGAGAUACCAGACCCUGCCCCACUCACUCAGACAGAGAAGAGCCCAGCGGGCGUGUGUCUCUCUCCAUCCCCACAGGCAGAGGCCCCAGCCCUGGAUGUGCUGCCUGAGAAAAGGCUGGGGGCUCCCGCAGCCCAGCUCUGCGAGGAGACAUCGGGCUGUCGGGCAGAGCUGCUCAGUGUCAAGGCUCAUGUGGCAGAGCUGGAGGGCAAGGUCCAGACGCUGGAGAUGCUGCAGGAAGAGCAGAAACUGUUACUGGAGAGCGUCCAGAGGCAGCACCAGGAGGACCAGGAUCUCCUGAAGAGCACCCACAGGACCUUGAUGAAGGUGCAGGAGGAGACCCACAGGCAGCAGGAGGACAUGCUGCGGUGGCAGAAGGAGCAGCUGCUGGCUCAGAUGGAGAAACAGAGGCAGGACGCGGAGCAGGAGCGGGCAGAGCUGCUGGAGCAGCACCGGUUGGACCUGGAGCAGCUGCGAGAGAUGCAGAGGGCGUCUGUCCAGAAGCUAUGGAAGGACUAUGAGGAGCAGAUCCAGCACUUGAAGUGGCUAAAGGAGCGGGAGAUGGAUGUGGUGACCAGCGCCAUUUCUCACAUCAGGUCUCUGAAUGGCGACAUGGACCUGCACGACCUGGACUGCAAGGUGGAGGCCACACACCACUCUGCCUCCCAGGAGCUGGCCACAAAGGCACAGCAGUGGGACAAGCAGCUCAGGAUGCUCCGGGACAGGCUGUCACAGCAGCAGAAGGACAGGGAGGAGGAGUGGAUGCGACUGCAGGAGCUGGCGGCCAAAAGGGAGGCAAGACUGGAUGAGCAGACUCGGCUGAUGGAGCGGGAGCAGGCGGAGCUGAAGAUCCGCGGCCAGGAACUAAAAGCCAAGGAGGAGCAGCUGAGGAAGGACCAGGAGAGGCUGGACGAGGCCUGGAAGGAGCUGUGGAUGGAGAAGGAGAAGGUGAAUGAUGCCGUGCUGCAUGUGGAGCUGCAGGAGGAAGAGGUGGAAAAGCUCUUGGCCCAGAAGAUCGCGGAGGCACACAGGAUAGAGUUGGAGCACCAGGCCAGGCUGCAGGACGUGCUGCAGAACUUGGAGCAGCUGAAGCAGCAGCAGCAGCAGCGACUCCACCAGGGAAGUGUCCCCUCAGCCCAGGACCUUGGUGCCCCGAGCAAUGGCCCCUCCAGUGCCAUGGCUGAGCUUUCCCGUGUGCUGUGGGUGGGAAGGGAUGUGCUGGGGCGCAGCACGCAGUCUGCCGUUCCUCUAACAGCAGCUGCACCUUGGGCUCCUGUUCCAGAUGUGCCACCUCUUGUCGAGACGCCGCCUCGCCACAGGUUCCGGGACAUCGGGGAGGUCAUGGCUGUGGCCGACCGUGCCCUACUCAGUGCCCAAGUGCAAACGCUGAGGUUCCACAUCCAGAAGGAGAAAUAUUUGUUGGAGAACGAGAAAUUAUUCAAGUCCAUGAAGAAAGCUCCGUGUAACACUUCAUCUCCAUUGGCGUCACGUCCAUCAUUCUCGGGGCUAUGAUUUUGUAUAUAUGUUUGUGUAUAAUAUAUAAUGUGUAUAUGAUAAUGUAUGAUAUUCACUGGAAGCUGUAAAUAUAGUGCUAGUUCUUGUCAAAUUUCAUAGUUUGUUACUCUGUAUAUUAGUCAAGUGUUAUCUUUGCAUUUGUUUUUCAAGUUCUUCUUAUAAGUAAACAAUUCCUGUUUCCUUUGAAUCAUA